UCAUUGCUCACCUUGGUUUCUUGUGCUUCUGCAUUCGAAGGGCUUCAGCUGGUAUCUGUGCACAACAUCAACUGAUGGCUUACAAGAUGAAAGGGGUCUUCAAGGGCCUCAGGGUUAUUACUCAAAUCUUUGUGGUGAAGGAGCAAGAGAUGGAGAUUGGUCAUCCCAUAGACGUGAAGCAUGUCGCGCAUAUCGGUUGGGAUAGCCCAACGGGGAGUGCUGCUACUUCUCCUACUCCUAGCUGGAUGAACGACAUGAAGGGUACGCCGGACAUUUCAACCUUGAGCAAUUCCGGACCAUCUACAGGUACCUCCUGGAGUUCUCAAGAUUUUGACCAUCCUCGAGAUAUAUCAACCUAUGGUAUACUUCCAGAAAAUAGUAGUCCGGGAUCAACACCGUACCCUGACAUACCAAAGCCACCCCGAAAGGCUAGAAGGAAGAAAUCUACCAAGGACAGUUCACCAACGGCAUCAUCAUCGAGAUCAUCAAGGUCAUCAAGAUCAAGAUCUAAGGGCUCACUUUCAUCCACUACACCUGACACCAUUGGUGCCAAUGAUAUUCAACGUAAAAUCCGGAUUGUGUAGGCUAUCAUGUUUUAUACCCCCUUUCUCAAGAUCAUGCAAGUAUUUGGAAAACAACUUUGCAUAGGAAAUAGGAAUACAAAUGUUAUUUAUUUAUUAUUGCUUCAAGUUUAGCUGAAAGGAAAACAAUGGCAAAGUUAGGAAGGACGUCAAGAAGGGUACUAAUAUUAUGAUGCAUGCUAAUUAAAUCCGGUUCUCGUCAGUUUCCGCGGUAAUUUGAUUGGUGACUGAUCAGUGCUAGGUAUAGAGGUUGUCGUGUUCUCCACAUGGAUUAGAUUACAAGUAAUCAAACGGAUCUGCACCUGAAUAACCAAAGCAGAGGUCUAGCAAAACAACUUCACCAAAUCUGAGCUCCAGAUCUAGGUAUUGGAGUAAUAACCUAGUGGUUCAAGGAGAGAUUCAACAGGUAAUUCAGUACUGAGAUAAAGGUAGAUCUGCUCAAAUACACAAAUCAUCAGAUCAAACAUGAGAGCACGAUCACAUAGAGUUGUCUCAGGUGCAUAUUAUCAAACAUAGACUAUGCAAGCACGUGAGUAGCAGUAGAUUCAGGGACCAUAGGAGAUACAACAGUGUAAAGGCAAGGGAAGAGCAAUGGUAAUCCUAAAUCCACUUGAUCUGUUUCGGUAAUGGACGAUCCCAUGGUGCUCGAGGAAGAAAUGAACAAGCAGAGAGAUCAAGUGAGUAGAAUGGCCGUAGACCAAGCAGAUGAACAUAUCGGGGAUGAGGGCUUCAAGAUCUUUUAUUUCACAAAUACACAAGUUUAGGGGUAAGACAAAACCACAACUCUAUGCAAUUUUAAGCAAAAAAACCCAACAACUCUAGGACUAAUUGGCAACAAAAAACCUCAAAUCUACCGGUUGAACAUGAAUAUGAUGAUAGGGCCCCACUAGUCAUAGACACAAAGUAAUGGGUAGGUAAUAUGAUGAUUACCAAUGUUUGCAAAGCAUCAAUUUGAACAACUCACAGUCAUAAAAAGCAACAUAUAAUCAUAAUAUGUAAACAAGAACACAUUAUCACAGCAACACAUACCUAUAAACAACAACACAUUUAAUUAACAACAUUAAUUUCCCAUGAACAACAACACAUCAAAACAACAUCACAUUGUCAUACAUUUUGAGUUCACAAAUUCAGAACAAAGUGUAGAGAAAAUUUGGCCAUACUUGUCAGAUUUUAUAUGGCCAUGAGUACAUUGGUAUGUGGGCAUGGGUUAUACGAUCCCAUACCCGUACCCGCUCUACCUGAUG